AUGCCUCGGGUGGUCUAUCAGGCCAAUGGGCAGCUGCCUGAGCCGCGCACAAACCCGACGCAAGGCAUGGUCAGGCUUCCCUACAAGCACAACGGCCAGUUCCCUGAAGCAGCGAAGCCAAACCCUGCUGAGGAUCUCAUACCUUUGAAUUACCGUCAGAAUGGACAGUUCCCUGAAGCUCGUCCUCCAAACCCAGCUGAUGGGUUGGUUCCGAUGCAGUACGGGGACAACGGUCAGUUUCCUGAAGCAAGGCGGCACAGCCUGCCAAGCGACAUCCAUCCAGUCAGUUACAUGAGCAAUGGACAGUUUCCUGAAGAAAGGAGACAAAAUCCUGCUGACGAGAUGGUUCCGCUCUAUUAUCGUGACAAUGGACAGUUUCCCGAGCCGAGCGACCGCGAUUCUGCAGGAAUCUUAAAGCCUCUGUCUUACCAAGCGAAUGGGCAGUUCCCUGAUACGGACCAACCCGGUGAGCUCGAGCUAAAUCCCAUCUUCUACCUCGACAACGGGCAGUUUCCAGAGACACGGGGAUCUAUGGCCUUGAAGUCAAGAAUCCUUGGCGGCUUUAAGCAUGUAGCAGCAGCUCGUGUUGGCCAGCGCCCCUACUUGAGGGGACCUGCCCUUGUGCGAAGAGGCUUGGCAAAUGUUGUGUGGAUGCCUAUUCAAGUCGAUCACUAG